CUUGCCUUACCUGCCACAAGAUGGCGUCGGCAGACUUGUGUUCACUCGUGGACCGAAGGCCGGCGGGGAGCAGGCAGGGGGGUUGGAUCUUCCCGGAGACUCCUCUCUGCCUGGGGUGUCUGGCGAUGAGUGUGCUCGGGAGUGUGUUCGAAGCUCGCCGAGCGAGAGGGCAACUUGAAAACUUCAACGCAUUUUGCCAGCACGUCGGCCGAGCGGACGCGACAUCGGCGCGGGCAGUCCAAGCUGUGCUCGACGGAGCGGGAACAUUGCGGUUCUCACAGCAUUGACCGGCCAACAUGGAUGAUUUAGAUGCUUUGUUGGCGGACCUGGAGUCCACAACGUCCCACAUUUCAAAGCGUCCGCUUUUCCUGUCUGAUGAGACGGCCUACUCUCUCCCUGUUGGCAAUCAGACCCAGCAAGACAUCUGCUUUUCACCACAAGGCCCACCCAUUCCCUCUGAGAAAACCCUCAACGGAGUACAGGAAACAGAAAUGUUCAGCUCAGAUAAGAGAAUUUUCGAGUCAAGUGAUACCAGCAGCCCAACGCAACCUCCUGGAGAAGAAGACCACGUAUACAGUUUCCCCAAUAAGCAGAAGAGCAGUGAGUCUUCACCUGCCAUGAACAUGUCGUUGGGCAGCAAUCUGUCAGAACUGGAUCGUCUCCUGUUGGAACUCAACGCCGUCCAGCAAAGCAGCCCUGCCUUCCCCACAGAGGAGGUGGCCCCGCCUCUCCCUGCCAGCAGCGUGGUCCAUAGUAUUCAGGAGAACGGAGUGUCUGUAGCACCCAAGCCCUCAGCACCUGUCCUAGAGAAGCCUAAACGUAGAGCACUGGAGGAUGUGCGACCAAGUGUGGAGAGCCUUCUGGAUGAGUUGGAGAGCUCCGUGCCCUCGCCCAUUCCCACUCCCUUGGUGGUCUCAGAUGGACAAAUUGACGGACAAGAGGAAAUGCCAGCACAGCAACAAGCAAGAAUGUCUGCUUCCUCUGCCACGCGAGAGCUAGAUGAGCUAAUGGCCUCCUUGUCUGACUUCAAAGUUCAAAGCAAUUCUGGCUCUCAGCUGUCAGUGAACCAAGACGUAGUCGACGCCACUUUGGUCAUCUCUGACACUCCAUCCACAAUUACCCACAUUGACUCAUCUGUUGAUGUUGAUCUAACAUCUAGCUACACCACACCCUCCUGUACCCCUCUUUCACUGGAGCUUCACAUUGAUGAAGACGGUUGUUCAACCCCUACCAUUUCAGCUGCUUCCACUGUUGUGAUGACAUCAUCCAGAAAGGAAAAUAGUGGCAAUGUCACCUCUGAAAUCUCUCACGUGGAGAGUUUCAGUGUUUCCAGUAGCCUGAAGCAACCAGUUCAAAGUCUGUCUGCCAUUGAAGUCUCUACUAGUAAAACGUCAAGUGACGGUACUGCUCCGAAUCCUAGUUUAGCUGAUGCUUCCAAGAAGACAAGUCCAGGUAUUGCGUCCAAACAGUCCAGUCCCACCCUUAAAACUAAAAGUCCCAGCCCAGUCUCUCAACUAAGUUCCAGUCCAGCACCUCCAGGUGAUAGCCAAGAUAUACUUGAAAAGAAUAAAAGUCCGAUAACACCAACAACUCAAGAAACAUUGCCAAUGUCCACGAGCCCAGUAACCGUUCCAAGACUGUCAGGUCAGGUUUCAAGUAGUGCAAGUCGUGUGACUAUUUCUAGUCCUGAAACGGUUCUCAAGAGUCCAGUGUCAAUUCCAAGACUCUCAAGUCCAGUUCCAAAGGUUGCUAGUCCUGUGACUGUCCACAGUGAGUGGAGUACAGACACUGGGCCUAAAAACGCACCUCCAAAACUUUCAAGUCCAGCAACAAUCCGAAAGAGUGAGAGUCCAGCUCCCAAAAGUCCUGCUGUAGUCACCAAAAAGAUUUACACUGUUGCAGACUCGAGUAGUUCUAGAAAUUCACCAGCUUCACUGCCAUCAAAUACCCCAUCGUCACCUCCGACCAAAAAGCAGCCAAGUGAAAUAAUGGACUUAACGUGGCCGUGCCGAGAGCCUUUCCUGGACACCGCCUUAGACAAACUCUUAGCGCCUGGCUCCACUCAACCAGACGAGAGCCAAGCACCCACUUCUGUCACGCCUGGGGAUGAGGACAGACCAUGGGAUGAAGAAGAUGGCAUCUACCCAGAUGUGAGCAGAGAGGGGACCCUGACGCCCAUGACUGAAGCCAGUUGGAUUGAUGAGUGUUUCACCCCCUCCACCUGCCCUGGGACACCAGAUGCAACGCUGGAUCUGCCGACGCAGCAGCCAUCUGCUGUUGAGCGUUUAUCUGCUUCCGGCCAACUCAAGUCGGUUAUACGUCGCACAAAAGAGACCUCCAACGUGCAUCCGAUGUACAGAGACGGAGUAGUGCGACGUAAAGUGGGACCUAUUAUCGUGAAUAAAAGCAAUUCACAAGAUCAGCUCAUUGAGGAGCUGCAGGGAAAACUGGGAAUUGGCCGUGUGGAACGCCGACGUAAACAACGCUCAGAUGAUUGGUUGACGGAGGGAGUCAUCGUGAUGUCAAAUCCACAGCGAAUACGGGAAGAGAGGGCCCUCCCUCCUGUGGAUAAGAUCAUCAUCCCUCCUGAAUCUCCCGUCCCCCAGAGAAAAGUUCUCUCUCCUCCGAAGUCCCCUCCAGCCCCCAAAAAGAUCCCCCCAGUAAAACAGACACCUCCGCCACUACCUCUCCCUCCUCCGCCUCCAACCCCUCCACCUCCCAAGGAGCCUACUCCUCCCCCAAGGCAACCCACACCACCUCCUGUCCAGCCCCCUCCAUCACCAAGCCCUCCACCCAAACCUGCCACACCACCCCCGCCUCCCAAGGUUUUUGUAUCAGUGGGCUGUCAGACUGAGUAUGACCCCCUCUUCCCACCUAUGCAGGCAUGGAUUACCUCUCUUCAUGGUCUUUGCCACCAUUUUACCCUCAAAUCAUCCUAUUUGGCCACUAUUUACGUAUGGACUUCAGGGCGGUUUCUGGCUUUGGGUCCUCAUGUGACCCGAAUACGUCUAACCCAGUCCACCAGUCAGUCCACUUUAUGGGUGGCGCUGACACCCAGGCUAGAGAUAGUGAGCCCCUUUUCUAAUUCUGACAUUUGAUGGCGCCAAGAGUUGUGUGUUCUGUGUUGGAGUGCAGAGUUUAAGAGCUUAGAGGCAAGUUGAGCGUCACCCCUCCUGGCCUGUGCAGGAAUGGUCGGCUCGUGGCGCAACUGAAACCUCAUCUGCCAUAGGACAGCACAUUUACCACUACACUUAUAGCCUGGCCCGCUGGACACUCAUUAAGUGGUCCCACUAGCCCAAAGACCAAUACCGUAUCCCAGUAUACCGUCAUCGCCGCUUUUAGCAACCCUGUAUCUGCAAUGAUGGUUUUAUCAAGAACAAACCCGUACCGCUUUCUUUUCAUGACCAGACCUUAGCAAGGAGGACGUUUAGAAAGAACACAUGCUGACAGUUGAAGCCUGUUAGCACUUGGUUUGGUUGAAGCAGAUUCUGGUGCUAGUGGUCUCUGCUAGUGGGGUUCAUUUGUUCAAGUUUGAAUGCAUCAUCCAAACCUUGUAAGUGAACUCUGGUGCAGUUUGGUUCACUUGAGCUCAAAUGUGAAUGCUACAUGGUGUUAAAAUGACUGCAGAAAGCACAGUUUUAAAAACCACAAUAUGUCAUACAUCACAAACACUGUCCAAUCAGGUCCAUACAUGCAUAUGUAUUAUUUAUUUUGUAGCCUUUGGUCUGAACAAAACUGCCACGGUGAACGUUAAGUGAACCGCACCAGAGUACCAAACGACAAUGUGUCAAUGCAGCCAGGAAAACAGCAAAGUGUAUUUGUUUAUUUGUUUAAGUGUAUUUGUUGUCCUUUAGUCUGUCAAUAGGAAUCUGUCCCAUGGUGAUAAUAAAACCAAAGUCUCUACAAUC